AUGCCAAGGGGCUUCCUGGUGAAGCGAACCAGACGAACAGGCGGCUCCUACCGAGUGCGCCUAGGAGAGCGGGUCUUCCCCCUGCUGGGACCCCCGGUGGCGCCGCCCUUCCCCGAGGAGGCUUCCAGUGUCCCCCAGUCCUGUGUGGAGCAAGUGGCGCCCCUCAUUCUGGAAGAGCCUGGAAAAGGGUUGGAGGAGGAGGCAGCCCCCGAACUGUCGGGGUCGCCCAGCCGGGCAGCUGGGGCGAGCCCCAGGGCGGGUGGACAGGAAGAUGCGGAGUGGAAGGCAGAUGGCAGGGAGGGUCCUGGGCCCAGCCCUAGCCCUGCAAAGCCGGCAGGUGUGGACCUGCGCAGGGCGUUCCUGGAGCGCUGUCUCAGCUCCCCCAUCUCGGCCGAGUCCUUUCCCGGGGGCACAGCCGCUGUGGCCGCCUUCUCUUGCUCGGUGGCGGCAGCAGCUGCACAAACCUCGGGGGAGCAGUUCCUGCUGCCGCUCCGGGCACCGUUCCCAGAGCCCGCGCUCCACCCGGACCCGGCGCCGGUCUCGGCCGCCCUGCAGGGGGUGAAGCGGGCGUCCAGCGGCGAGCGCCGGCCCAAGGCACCGCCAGGGUGCGGGUCUGCACCAGGGGCCGCUGGAGUUAAGAAGUCAAAGGCCAUAAGGAAGUUGAGUUUCGCCGAUGAAGUGACUACAUCCCCUGUCCUGGGACUGAAGAUCAAGGAAGAGGAACCCGGGGCGCCGUCCCGGAGCCUGGGCGGUAGCCGUACCCCGCUGGGGGAGUUCAUCUGUCAGCUGUGCAAGGAGCAGUACGCAGACCCCUUCGCGCUGGCCCAGCACCGCUGCUCCCGCAUCGUGCGCGUUGAGUACCGCUGCCCGGAAUGCGACAAGGUCUUCAGCUGCCCCGCAAAUCUGGCUUCCCAUCGCCGCUGGCACAAGCCACGUCCCACAUCAGCAAACGCUGCCACAGUCUCCUCGGUCGAGGGGAAGGCGCCACCGGCUCCGACCCCCUCGUCGUCCCUGGGCUCCGGGGCUGUUGCGCCUUUCCUGGCAGAGGGGAAGGAGAACGGCCGGGCUGAGCCGCCCGUAGAUCAGCACCAGCCGCCCAGGGACAGCUCCGGGGCGGAGCCGCGCCAGAGCAGCGCCCCGCGCCCGGGCCUGCAGGUGCUACCCCGCCCGGAGCCGCCGGGGCCUCAGGGCCCCUACGCGGAGGGGGUGUUGGGGCGCGGGGUGCCUGGACGAGCCAGUGGUGUCGGGGGACCUGAGAUCUUUGUGUGUCCGUAUUGCCACAAAAAGUUCCGUCGCCAAGCGUAUCUGCGCAAGCACCUGGGCACUCACGAGGCAGGCUCGGCUCCCGCGCUCGUCCCGGGUUUUGGCUCGGAGCGCGUCGCCCCGCUCGCCUUCACUUGCCCGCUCUGCGGGGCGCACUUUCCGUCCGCAGACAUUAGGGACAAGCACCGGCUGUGGCACACUGUCCGUGAAGAGCUGCUCCUGCCCGCGCUGGCCGGGGCGGCCCAGGAAGCACCGAGUUCAGGCGGGGCAGCCGACGGGAGCGCUCAGCAGAUUUUCUCCUGCAAGCACUGUCCAUCCACUUUUUUUAGUUCUCCGGGUCUGACCCGGCACAUUAAUAAAUGCCACCCCUCAGAAAGCCGGCAGGUGCUGUUGCUGCAGAUGCCACUGCGGCCCGGUUGUUGAGAGACUAGAGACAGGGAAGAUUGUCGAAUUUG